CGGCGACGAGGGACACGUGCACGGGGGCUGCCACUCCAGCCCCUUCAAGGUGGUGUUGGUGCAGAUUUCCUUCGGACCGGGGCAUCCCCCACCCUUCGCCCGUGUCUACUCGUCGGAGACCGGCGUGUGGAGCGACCUCAUCUUGGCGGCGGAAGGAUGCAGAGGUUACGUCGAUUCCUCUCGCCCUUCCACUCUCGUUGGCAAUUCCCUUUACUGGUGGCUUCAUGGCUCGUAUUCCUGUAACAUGGAAAUUCUUGAGUUCGAUAUCGGUAGGCAGAGCCUAGCUGUAAUCAACAGCCUUCCUGUGGGGGAUACUGUGAAAUCGAAAGGGUGCAUCCAGAUCAUCCAGCCGGAGGAUGGCCGUGUUGGCUUCGCCAUGCUGUCCUACCCCAGUCUCGAAAUGUGGGACUUGAAGGACGAUUGUGGUGGUGGUGUUGCCGCAUGGGUUCCCCGGAAGACCAUGAAUCUUGACCUGGUGCCGAAUAUGAGGGCCACGGAAACUUCUAUAGUGGGGUAUGCUGAAGAAGAUGAUGCGAUUCUUAUAAAGUUCAAUGACAAUGUCUUCAUAGUUCAACUUGAGUCAAUGCAGCCAAGGAAACUUUUUGAUUGCAUUGUGAGACACCAAUAUCACCCUUUGACAAGCUUCUACUCUUCAGGCGAGUUUGGUCGCUGCAAAGGUAUUGCUAGCAUGCCGAGCGUGGUUCCAGCGAUCGAGCCACCAAAGUAGCAGGCUUCGACGACGCCUGCAGGAAAGAAGGCUAGAACAGCAAGAUAUGCCAGCCGGCGGAGCCUGUGUCUCAGGAUAACGUCAACACGUC